GGGGGGGGGGGGGAGAGAGGGCGCCUCCCCUACUACCGUACUCCUCCCAGCAGCUCUCGUCCGCUCUCCUCACACUCCGUGCUCUGUAGUCACGACAGAGAGGAGGACGAGGAGAGACACAGAGAGAGAGAGAGAGGCAGGGAGGAGGAGGAGUGCAUCGAGGAAGGAGAGCGAGCGCGCGCGAGGGAGAGAGAGAGCGAGAAACAUUAUGCCUUCCUCGGAGGAGCGAGCAAUCCGUGUCGCGUCCCACACGUCCCAGGAUUUCCGAGCCCACCUGGACUCUUUCCCGGUGCUGGUGCUGCUGGUCUCGGCCGUCCUGGCCGUUUGUUUCACAGCCAUCAUCGCCGCCUGUGGCUUCUGUAAGUGGUGUCAGCGGACCAUGACCAGGGAAUACAAGGACCCUGCAAAUGAAGAAGGCAGCAUUGGUGAACACAGCUACGAUGGCAGCGUCAAGCUGCGGAACGAGAAGAAGCUGAUGAAUGAUCUUGAUAAAGAUUUUUGGAAUAACAAUGACACUAUGGCCCAUCAGAAAUGGAGCUCCUACCCUCCAAAGGAGUUCAUCCUAAACGUGUCUCCAUACGCUCCGUACGGUGACCCACGACUCUCCCUAAAUGGCACAGUCGUGUCGCACAGCCGGCCAGGCGGUGGGGCCCGGGGCCCGCGGCCCGUCAGCGAGCCCAUCCGAAGCGGGUCGAUGCCGAGCAGCGUGUGCAGCGAUGGGCGAAGCACGGCGCGGCCCGGGCUGGCGUGGAGGACCCUGCAAACACAUUUGGCUUCGGGGAAUCUCAGCCUCGCAAAGCUGGGUGGUCCCGGGAGGGGUGCUGGCUCCAUGCCCGCUCAAGCUCAGCAGGAAGGCGAGUUCGAUCGACGGACAGAGACCCGCUCCUCCAUCUCGGAAAUCGUCAACUCCAUCACGAGCGACAUGCUCAUGAUCUCGCCCGACUCGGACGAGGACGCGGGCGCGACGGAGAAUCUGGGCAAGAUCCAGUUCAGCGUGGGCUACAGCUUCCAGGACAUGACACUCACCGUGAAGAUCCUCAAGGCCGUGGAGCUCCCUGCGAAAGACUUCAGCGGCACGAGCGACCCCUUCGUCAAGAUCUACCUGCUGCCCGACAAGAAGAACAAGGUGGAGACCAAGGUGAAACGCAAGAACCUCAACCCGCACUGGAACGAGACCAUCCUCUUUGAAGGGUUUCCCUACGAGAAGGUCAUCCUGAGAACGCUGUACCUGCAAGUCCUGGACUACGACCGCUUCAGUCGAAACGACCCCAUCGGCGAGGUGUCGCUGCCGCUCAACAAGCUGGACCUGUCCAGCAUGCAGACCUUCUGGAAGGACCUCAAGCCUUGCAGCGACGGCAGCGGGAGUAGAGGGGAGCUGCUGCUGUCGCUCUGCUACAACCCGACAGCCAACAAGAUCACCAUCGCCGUCAUCAAGGCCCGCAAUCUCAAGGCCAUGGACAUCGGCGGCACGUCCGACCCGUACGUCAAGGUGUGGCUGAUGAACAAGGACAAGAAGGUGGAGAAGAAGAAAACGGAGGUGAAGAAGCGCUGCCUCAACCCCGUGUUCAACGAGACGUUCGUCUUCGACAUCCCCACGGAGAAGCUCCGCGAGACCACCAUCGUCGUCACCGUCAUGGACAAGGACAGGCUGAGCCGCAACGACGUCAUCGGCAAGAUCUACCUGUCGUGGAAGAGCGGCCCGGGGGAGGUGAAGCACUGGAAGGACAUGAUCGCCAAGCCCCGGCAGCCCGUGGCGCAGUGGCACCAGCUGAAGGCGUGACCAAACCCAACAGCGACAGAGACGAUAUCAACGACAACAACAACAACAACAAUGACGAUGAUGACGAUGAUGAUGAUGAUGAUCUAAACAACAACUGUGGCCGGUAGGCCGUCUCCGAAGGGAGGCACGGGUGGCAGAGGGACAGAGCGAGGGGGUCCGAGAGCCACACUUCCACCCCCAGCAGACUCGUGGCGACGAAGCGCAAUGCGGGCGGCGUUGGGGCCCGUGGUGGUUUACGGCAUCUCUCUCCGUCUCUCUUUCUUUUUUUAUCAUCGCCGUCGGCCGCUCGGCGGAGGUUCUCCGCGCGCCGUUGGCACCCGCUCGUAUCCGUCGUUCUUCCUCUCCGGCGUUCAGUGUUUCACGGCGGGAAGCGUUGGGGUCCCCCCGGAGGGAAAUGUACCGCGGAACACGUCGGCGGCGGCGGCUCUUCCUUUGUUUUUCGUGCGCCGACUGCCGGCACCCGCCACCCCGUCCCUUGUCCCAUUCCUCUCUCUCCACGCCGCCGUCUCCGCGGUCGCCGCUCGCUUUAACCGCGCGGGCCCUCGGCUUCAGGCAGAGGUGGGUGGGAGGGGGGGGGGGUUGGCGAUCAGGGCACCAAGAGUCCCCCACCUAGCGGGCACCGUAACGACUUCCGUGUCUCGUCGCGGGCACCGUAACGACUUCCGUCUCGUUCAUCCCUUUUCCUAAAUGGCUCGCAAUCCGAGCGUCUGCCGCUGAUCGCGCGUCACACUCACACGUGACAUCCAACGACAUCAAACAACAGGGUCAUUACCAGCCGAUUGAUAUUCUUUGGGAUGGGGAAGGGGGAGGUGGUGGUGGUGGUGUGCUGGUUGGUGAUCGGGAUGGCAACAGAUUUGUUGCUCGCCCGGGGGUGUGCGGGGGACUUCCGCUUGCGCUACGAGGCCCGGGGCCUGUAAAACCCCGCGUUGCCGACCCGCGUGAUGUUCUAACGCGUCGCUCGGGCUGGCUCCUCUCGCACCGCCGGUUGGUUUUUCGUUCGACGAUGCGCCCCCUGCGACGGAGCUUUCUCAACUCCCCCUCUCUCGUCCAUAUCUCUCAUCGCGCUCCCAUCUCAAUCUCUUCUCCACAUCCCUUCCCGUCAAAUGAUUUUCCGCUCGGACUGCCCGCGACCACGGCCGGGGACCGUCCCCGACGCGUUUGCUUUGAGCCGUCGAUGAAAACUUUUUUUGCGGCUUUGUGUUUUUUUUUUACACAGGCAGGCUGCGAGGCACGUGACUGCGCUGCACACAUUGGUGGUUGCUGCUGCUGUUGUUGUUGUUGUUAUUGUCGUCGUUAAUAUAUUGCUCCGCAUUUUUUGGGGGGCAACUGGAAGCUUGACAGAUUGAGCCAUCGCCAAUGCCAACCGAUGAGCGUUGGUUUAAUUUUGGGGUUAUUUGGCGAGUCGGUGGUUGUCGCGAUCGCCGCGUUCUCCGGAUUGUGAGACAACAGGAAGACGGCCACGUGGACUGGCCGAGGGGUGCAUCUCACAAUCCUGCAGCUGUUGCUCGUGCGUGUGAGUGGCAGCGGUUCGGUUGUCGCCGCUGCGCUCCGAGCCCGGCGACCCGAGUUCGAUUUACAGCUCACGAACGGUAACAGCGGCGAAUAUCUAAGCCGGUCCUGGCCCAUCCCCCAGGUCGGCUCAGUCUCAAAUAAUAAUUAGUAUCUGGUGCGGUGUGUAAACAAUCGCCAUUGGGGAGACAAAGGCGGCCCAGGCGUGGUGCUGGCCACCCACCCCCUUUUCGUGUGCCGUGCCGGCCUUCGUAGGUGCUCGCUAACAGCAACUUGCCCCUAACAGUCUAUUAAAAGGCUGUCUGCGGGUAUCGUUGUCUUUGUGUGUGACCAGACGCGUAUAAAUGUAUUCACACCGGGGCACAGGUUUGGAGGGGUGCAUCUUUUACUUUCCCGAGCCGUCGUAUAUUCCAGAGAAUUCGGUGCGAACCAAAGAAACUGCUCAACGCUCUUGAACGAUCUUCCAUUUUUGACUGUUUCCUCUUCUUUGCUUUAAACAACUCUCUCCGCGCGCCGUUUAACUGCCGUCAAUCUCAGAGGCACAUCGAGCUCUUAAGAGCUAGGCUCGGAAACGUUAUUACAAGUUCUGCCAGUUGAGAGAUUGGACACAAAAUGUGACAUUUUUGACUCCACUUUGAAACCAGAUUAAACAUUAUCUGAGAAUCUUACAUAUAAUUUCGGCAGAGUGGUAGACAUUUUUCUGAAUGUCAUGACAGUGGGAAAGGAUUUUUUUUAAGUGCAUUAUCUGGGAUAGUUUCAUGCGAAAAGUUACAUGACACACCAUAACUAUGCUUUAACCCGGUACAUGCUAAUACUCUGCAGCACAUUUAUCAAAUCCACUGCUAGAUGAAGGGUUCCCAAAACUGUGUCAGUCACGGCGGGAGGUGUGUGGAGGGGGGGGGUGUUUGACCAUAUUUCACCACUACGCUGGUCAUUGCCAGCUGGUGAAGAGCUAAGGGUGGACAGAACCAGCUUCAGAUCUCACUCGCCUCUGCCACUGUCACUGCAGGAGCUCGGGUGCCGUUGGACUUCGUGUCGCACCUGCGCACACGCCACGGAUGGACCUGGGAAUCCCAAAUUGUCUGGACGCGCGCCCACGGUCGUCGCGGGCCGGGCCGAGAUAUUUUUCUCCUCCCGACUCCGGUAAUCGACGCAAGCGGCGAAGGAACCCGUUGUGGCAAAUGUGGCAUUCAAUUGCGUAACUUGCGUUGCCCCAAAGCGUUGCGACGGCUCCCUCCGAGCGUCUGCCCAACAGUCACCGUGCGCACACAGAGGGAGAGAAAGAGAGAGAAUCGCCGCUCGUCGCUCGCAUCAACCCUUGCGGAUGUGUGACGAGUGUUCUGACGAGCAGCCUGCGAGUUACGAGCGACCGAACAGUCCGCUCGCUACCGCCAAAUGGUUUACCAAAUGGGUCCACUUAAACUAAACUUUUUAUUUUUCACCAGGUAUAGGCCCCCUGAGCUAUGUACCUGAUUUUCAAAAGCGACCUGGCUAUCACAAGUGACAGCUCAACGGAGUGGCUUAUCAUCGCGUGGAAAUUUAUAGCAGCCAAAUACUAAAAAACGCGCGAUGUUGAUUCUAA